AUGUCCGAACCGAACAGGAACCCAUCACUCGUCACUAGCCAUGCGCAAUACGCCAGAGGCAUGGCCGAAGCCACCAUCGGCCAGCUCUCCGGCUCCGAAGCGUGGAAGGCGACCGGUGCGCAAGAUAAGGUCACCGCCAUGGAUCACAUGAAGCGGGCGGAGCAGCAGAGGGAAGGGGAGAACAAGGGGUUUGGGAAGCCGGAGGAAGUAGCAGGGAAGGUGGUGGGUUGUGAGGGAAUGAAGGAGGAGGGA